AUGAUGAACCAAUGUAAUCAUACAUUAAAUACAAGUAUUUUAUUUGAUCAGCCAAGUCAUGCACUUAUUCCAUCUGAACAAGUUCACUUUUGGACUUUUCUUGUGUUUGAAAUUCCUUCGCUUGUUUGUACAAUCUAUCUUCUCUAUCAUCUAUUAUUUGAUAAACGUUUACGAAAAGCAUUACAUAAUCAUGUUAUCAUUAUUCUUCUUUUUCUUUGUUUUCUCGUCGAAGUUAUUGAUAUUCCUCUAUAUCUUGAUGCAUAUCUUCAUGGUGGUAGAAAUUCAUUUCAUUCUUCAUCAAUGAUUUGUCUUCUGUGGUGGUUUAUUGAUUAUGGUAUUUAUGGUGCCUUUAUAGUCUUUAUGACAUGGGCAUCAUUUGAAAGACAUAUUCUUAUCUUUUAUCAUCAUCAACUACUUCGUACAAGAUUGAAAAGAAUUAUUUUUCAUUAUAUUCCAUUAGGAAUAAUAUCGAUUUACAUGAGUGGAUUUUACAUUGGUGUUAUUUUCUUUCCUCCAUGUGAAAAUUUAUUUGAUUUUGAAUCAGUUGAAUGUGGUAUGUUUCCUUGUUAUCAAGAAGUAUCAUGGCUGAAUAUAUGGGAUUAUUUGAUCAAUGGAGGAAUGUGUGUAUUUAUCGAAGCAGUAUGUAGUGUUAUUCUUCUUAUUCGAGUCAUUUGGCAGAAACAUCGUAUUCGUCAACCGAUUCAUUGGCGAAAACAUCGAAAAAUGACUAUUCAAUUACUGUCUAUUUCAAUUUUAUCAUUGAGUAUUGUACUUCCUGAAAAUAUUAUCGUUGUUAUUCAACAAAUAAUGCCAGAAAUGAAUGACUUUGCAUCUGACACAAUGUCUUACUUUUUUUAUUUAACAUACUUCGUUAUUUUACUUUUACCAUUGGUCUCUUUGGCUUGUUUACCGGAACUAUGGCCACAAUUAACAUCAUUUAGGAAACGGCGUGAACGAACGGUAGCUCCUUUCAUGAUGAGUGUUGGAAGAAGACAUCCAAUCACUGAAUGA